AUGCACAACAUCAAGUCACCCCAGCACGUCAAGUCGCCACACCACUUUGUCGAGGUGCACACACCUGCAGCGUGCUAUGACGAACCGCGGUCGGGAGCCGACUUGCUCGUCGACGUGCCAAAGAUGACGUUGGAGUGGAAGCAGAUCCGUCGAUCGGUCCAGGUCCAGAACGCGACAACCAAAACGCUCGAUACCAAGGUCAUUUUGAACGAUUUAAGCGGCGUCGCGUGCCCCGGCGAGCUCGUUGUACUCAUGGGCCCAUCCGGUGCUGGCAAGUCCUCGCUCCUCGACGUCAUCGCCGGACGACAAAAGGAUUACACGGGGUCUGUCCUCGUCAAUGGCGAGCCGUGGAACCGAAACACGAACAAGAAGGCAUCGUAUGUCAUGCAAGACGACAUAUUUUACCAAACACUCACGGUCCGCGAGCAUCUGAUGUUCCAGGCCGAGCUGCGCAUGGGCAAGCUCUUCUCCGCCGACGAGCGGCGUCAGCGCGUCGACUACGUUAUCGACGAACUUGGCUUGACCAAGUGCCAAGACACGCAGAUCGGUGGCGGCCGCCUCCGCGGUAUUUCGGGCGGCGAACGCAAGCGCCUCAGCUUCGCCACCGAGAUCUUGACAAAUCCGUCGCUUUUGUUUGUGGACGAGCCGACGUCGGGCCUCGAUAGUUUCAUGGCCGAGUCAGUCGUGCAUCAGCUCCAGUCCCUUGCACGCAAGGGCCGUACGGUUGUUGCCACGAUCCACCAACCAUCGUCGGAGCUCUUCGAUCUCUUUGACCGUCUGUAUCUUCUCUCGGACGGCCAGCCCAUUUACAACGGCAAGGCAUCCGAGGCGGUAGCCUACUUUGCGUCGCAAGGAUGCCCGUGCCCUACGUACACGAACCCGACUGACUACUUUAUGCGGCAGAUCAUCGUCUUGGACCAAUCGUCCGAGGCAGCGACGAGGGUCCGUGGCCUCGUUGCCAACUGGCGGGCCAAAGAAGAGUCGGAAGCUCGACUCAGCGCCGAAACGGCAACCAGCUCCCUCGACACCGAUGACACGGUGUACAUCGAGACGCACCUCGGCGUCCUUGGUCAGCUACGCGUCCUUUGCAAGCGCAAUGUGACGCGAACUGUCCGUGACAAGUUUGCGUUUGGCGCACGCCUCGCGCAGACGCUCAUCAUCUCGGUCAUUGUGGGCAUGAUCUUCUUCAAGCUGGGUUUGACCCAAAAUGGCAUCCAGUCGUUCACGGGUGCCAUCUUCUUCAUGCCAGAAUUUCUCACCGUGCCGUUGGAGCUGCCAAUCAUGGAGCGUGAGUACUCGUCCGGUCUGUACCGCGUCUGGGUCUGGUACUUGGCCAAGAAUGUGAGCGAGCUCGGGUUCCAGAUUUUCUUCCCGCUCGUGUUUUUGCUGCCUGCGUACUUUAUGAUCGGUUUUGGAUCGAGCGAUGCGACUCUGUUUUUCAGUUUUUACGUUUUCAUCGUGCUGCUCACGAGCACCGCCGUCGGGCUCGGCUACAUGGUGUCGUGUCUCGCGCGGACGCCCGAGAUCGCGCCCAUCCUCGGCAUCCUCGUGAUUCUCCCGUUCGUACUUUUCGGCGGCCUCUUCCUCAACCUCAACGACAUCCCUGUCUACCUACAGUGGUUUGCGUACAUUUCCCCGCUUAAGUACGCUUUCCGCGGCAUCAGCCGUGCCUUCUGGACGACGAUCGGCACCAUUCCGUGCGACGACGCGAUCGAGACCUGCGUCGCGCGUUCAGGCGCGGGAGUCCUCGCUCACCUCCAGCUCGACUCGAACACCAUGGCGUACGACGUGUCGUUCCUCAUUUGGAUCAAUGUUCUCUUCCGCCUCAUUGGUCUCCUCUCGCUACGCUACAAGCUCCGCAAACUCGCGUAG